AGCAUUCGGCGCGCUCGCCUCGAGAUCGUGACAUUUAGCUGCGAGCUGCGAGCAGUGGUGAGUGGUGUGACUCCUACACCACAAUCGUAAGCCAUCACCUUCAUCCACCUCGACCCCGGACCCCGGACGCGAGUCCCCGCCAAGAUGCAGUCGAAGAUGUUCGGAUGGCUGAGCUGUCUCUCCUGUUCGUCGGGCAUGGAUGAGAACAAAUCGACGACGAUCAAAGGCGGCGUACAAGAAGGGUGCAUCUUUUGUCCUCCCAAUCUCACACCCGACUCGCCCAAAUUCAGAGUGGUGCACACCUCGGAUCGAUUCAUCGCCUUUCACGAUCGAUCCCCGGCAGCCAGCAUCCACCUCUUGGCUGUACCUCGACAGCACAUUGACGAUGUGACGGUGCUGAAGGGAGGAAAAGGAGCAAAGCUGAUCCUGGAUCUGCAAGCGUUCGGUAAUGAAGCGAUCGAUCUUGUCGAGUCAGAGCGGAAUGCAGAAAGAAGAUUCGGUUUUCACAUUCCGCCCUUUAGAAGCGUAUCUCACCUGCAUCUGCACUGCCAAGUCUUGCCCUACAAUUCGCCCAUGUUGGCGCUGAAAUAUCGCAUCAGCGGUGAUGCCAAUGCUCCACGAAAGGGUUGGGGCUGGUUCGUCACAGCUGCUCAAGCUGCCGGCAUCAUCCAAGCCGGUCACAAAGUCACCGUCAAACCGUGC